AUGACAUUUGGUGACGAUCGGCGGUAUGGUCGUGUUGCUAUUUUACACAGAAUAGGACACUCAGUGAAGAUCGCUGGCACGGGUGGGCAUGUUGCUAUUUUACACAGAAGAAUAGAACACUCAAAGAAUCAGACACUCGGUACCGUUGGCGUGAUCAUAUUGCUAUUUUACACAGAAGAAUAUGACACUCAUAUCUGUCGACCUUCCCGUAGUAUGUGGAUAUCUAACCAUAUCUGCCUACCUACCUAUAGUAUCUACUUUCCCAUAGUCCGUUCUAAGACUUCUGCUGCCACUAACACUCGUUCUUGUCACACAACAAUGUUGAAAUUUUUGAAAAGGAGCUAUCCUAAGGAUAGCGAAGAGCGAGAGAAAUUGAAAAAAGAACUGUUCGUUUUCACACGGGUGAGUGCUUCAUUCUUUUUCUUUAUUUAUAAAUCCAUGGGUGGUGGGAAUUAA